AUGAAUCAGAAGACAAAUAAAACAAGAGCUGUUCUUCACCACGCAAAAGCCAAGCGGAGAUUUACCUCAGCAGUGCAUGCACGAGGAGCAGGGUUAGCCCGGGACAGCUGGUCAAACCCCGAGAAACCGAUCCGCCGGAGCCCGAGCACAUCUCCCCCGCUGGCCGGGCUCGCGCAGACGCCCGCGGGCGGAGGGCGGGCUGUCGACGGCGGCGGGCGGGCGCGUGUGCGCGUGUCUGCGCUCUGGGCCGCUCGGCGCGCUCGGCAAUCGAUUACAGGACAAGUGCUGCCCGGCGGCUCCGCGACGCGCGCACUCCCUCGCGCCCACCCGCGCGCCCGGCUGCGUCGUCCCCUGCCCUGCGGCCCCCCAGACGGCGGACCCCGCCCCAAAGGGGGACCAGGGCUUGUGCCGCAUUCACCAAAGUCAAAGGAGCGGGUGAGGGUCCAAAAAGUUGGUCCGGGGGAAGUGUCGCCGUCACUACCAGAUCAUGGUAUGUCCAACUCACCCCAAAGAAGUCAAGGUUAUGUUUACAUACUAAACCAGGGGUUCUAUUUCGUCCUCUGCAGUCGAAUAAUCCUGGCUCUGAGACUCACAAUUGUACAUGUAGAAAGGAACCUUUGUAUAAACUUUAGUAAUUCACUGCGUUCACAGUUUUUCUCUACAGUAUUUUUAUAGUGGUUAGAGGAUGUAUUUAUUUCCAUUCUUUGCUGUAACUACUCCACACACAUUUUAAAAGUACGUAUAUGGUUAUACUAUGAAUAAAAAUGUAUCACUAGGGAAGUGCAGUACCAUAUAAAUAUUCACUUUGGGAGAUUAGCGAGGCGGUGGGAGAAAACAUACCCUCACCCACCGUUUUUCAAAUAGCUGCUUCUUUCUCAUUUCUUUUUGUCCCAUCCUAACCGGAAACUGUGCCUACCCAGUGCCAACCCUUAUCUUAGCUUUUGCACAUUUCUUUCAUUAUACAACUUGUAAAUUUUUUUAUUUGUUGAGAUUGAAAAGAAAAUAUGUCUCCCCCACUAGAAUGUCAUCUUUUUAAGAGCAGAGAUUAUGUCUGUCCUGCUAACAAUUUUUUUCUCAGAACUAGCACAGUGUUUGGCACAUCAAUCCUCAAUAAACUUUUACUAAAUGGAUGAAUGUAGAGCUAAUCACAUAUUCACCUAGCUUUGUGUGUUAAACUGUUUUUAAGGGACAAAAAGUAUAGGAUAACAAAGAUAUAUUCUAAUUCCAUAAAGAUUUUGGUCAAGUCUUGACUCAUAAGUAAUGUUACAAACAUCAUUAACAGGUCAACUCUCUGGCUUAUGUUCAUGUGAAGAAUGUGAAUACGUUCAUAGAUAAUAUAACUUUUAUAAAUAUAAAGAGGAAUAGUGGUUAAAAUUGCAUAUCAAAUAUAAUUUUGUGUAAAAUGCCUUUAUGUUACUGCUCUGUUUCAUAAACAAAUUAUUUCAUGUUAAUGCCUGAUAAUUUAUAAACUAGGUUCACAAAGAAUGCAACAGUUUAUUCUGUAAUCACUAAAUGCAAUUAGCAAAAGAAACUUUUUAAAAGGCAGUGUAGCUAAAAGAUACAUUAUGAAGUAUUUUGUUUUCUUUUGAUGGCAUGUUUCAUCUGUGUUAGAUUUAAAAGCCCUAGUACCCUUUAAAGAAAUUUUAAUAAAAGUGAAUUUG